GAUGUGGCCCUGGCCGAACAUCGAUAUCAAAUACCGAUGUUUUCUCCACCCCUACGACGACGCAACUUGUAGCAGCAAAAAUAUUUAUACGAAUUAUUUGCUGUGUAAAAACGAAUUAAUCGAAUUAAUAAAUAAUUAAAAUCAAAGUGAAUAUGUAGAUGGUGUGUUUGCUUUUGAAAUGACAGCCGUUUAAAAUGCAUUUCAACGCACUAACUCGAUGUGAAAAUUUCGUACAGGCAAAAAAGAGCCGAUUUUUAGUGGAAGAAGAAGCACAAGCAGCCGAACAGGCAGUAAAAGCGAUUGCCGAAUGAAAGGCGUGUGAAGAAAAAACUUGCAAAAAUUACACCAACAACAGCAACAGCAGGGCAAAAAAAAAGUGUGUUUAGAAAAGAAAUUAAAAACACACUCGAACCAUAUACAUAUACACACCGGAUCACACAAAUAUCACACGAUCGCUCGAACACAACGCGACCCAAGAGAAUUGGUGCAAAAAGCGAAAAACGAAGUAAAAUAGCGCGCGGUUUAAUAAUAAAUAAUUAUAUGUAUGCGCGCAAAACAUGUGAAGAGCCGGGGAGCCGCAAAUACGAAAAAUCAAUGAGAUUGUAAUAAAAUUCCGUAUUCUCGCUAUCGCCAACGUUCCUCCCCCUCUCAAGCUCUCUUUCUCCCGCGCGGCCGCUCUUUCGCCGUGUCCUCUCAGCAACCGAAAGCAGCAGGCAGGCUGGCAGGCAGCAGCAGCAGCCUCUCCAACUUUUGUGUCUGUUUGUGUUUCUUGUUGAUUUUGUGAUAAAAUUGCAAUCAACAACACACGACUACGACACAUUCGAACAAAUAAUAUAUUAUUAUUCGCUAAAAGUAUUAGUCCGAAAGAAACAUUAAAAAAAAAGUGGUUGUGCAAGAAGAAGCAGCAACAAUCAGGCAAAAAAUACCUGAAAAAAAAAUAAACGGUAAAACGAAGAAGUGGCGACACACGACGAGAGCGCGCUAAAAAGUUUAUUGUAAAAAUACAAAAGUAAAAGCACCGAGUGUGUUUUAAACUCCAAUCGCAAAAGCCAAAAAGUAAAAUUGUAUAUUAAAAAUGGUGGAAGUAAUAGAGCGGCGGAGAACGGCUGCGUGAGCCCAAAGCGCGGCCAAUUAAAAAAAAAACAACAACAACAGCAGAAGCAGCAGCAGCAGCACAGCACCAGCACCAGUAGAAGAAGAAGCAGAAGUAACAGCAGCAGCAGCAGCAGCACAAGAAGAGGAGGAAAAAGCAAGAGCCUCGAAAAGUACAUAAAAGUAUAAAUUUAAAUAAGGUGGAAGUUGGUAGACGAAAAGUGAACAAACUACCAGCGGAAAGAAGAAGUGGAGAAAACAGCCCGAACCAAAACCAAAACCACCUUACCCAGCGACCACCAGCAAUACCCCAAUAACAAUAACAACAUCAUCAUCAGCAACAUCACAAAAUGUACGGCAAGUCAAAGACAUCGGCGGUGCCAUCGGAUGCCCAGGCCCGUGAAAAACUGGCGCUAUAUGUCUACGAGUAUCUGCUCCACGUCGGCGCCCAGAAGGCGGCACAGACAUUCCUCUCGGAGAUCCGGUGGGAGAAGAACAUAACGCUCGGCGAACCACCAGGAUUCCUGCAUACUUGGUGGUGCGUCUUCUGGGACCUGUACUGUGCGGCGCCCGAACGCCGGGAUCAGUGCGAUCACAGCUCGGAGGCCAAGGCCUUCCAUGACUACGGAUUCGUCAGCUCGGGAUACGGUGUUAAUGGCAUCGGACCCGGUGGCCCACACAAUGCCGGCGGACCAGCUCCCAGUCCCCUCGGCCAGAUGCCGCCCGGUGGCGAUGGCGGACCAAUGGGGCCAGGUGGACCGAUGGGUCCCGGCUUCUUUCCCAACUCGACAAUGAGGCCAUCACCCCCCACGCACGCCUCCAGCCCACAGCCGCCGCCGUCACAGAUGAUGCCCGGCCAGCCGCCGUUCAUGGGCGGACCACGGUAUCCCGGUGGUCCUCGGCCCGGCGUCCGUAUGCAGGGCAUGGGCAAUGAGUUUAACGGGCCACCUGGCCAGCCCAUGAUGCCUAACAGUAUGGACCCCACACGGCCCGGUGGAGGCAUGGGUCCAAUGAAUCCCCGCAUGAAUCCGCCUCGAGGUCCCGGCGGCAUGGGACCGAUGGGCUAUGGCGGACCGGGCGGAAUGCGAGGUCCGGCACCAGGACCCGGCGGAAUGCCCCCAAUGGGAAUGGGAGGAGCGGGCGGCAGACCACCACAAUGGCAACCGAAUGCAUCGGCGCCUCUGAAUGCCUAUUCAUCGUCAUCACCAGGAAACUAUGGACCAGGUCCCGGAUCAAAUGGACCGCCGGGACCGGGAACGCCUAUUAUGCCGUCGCCGCAAGAUAACACGCAAGGAGGACCAGUCGGCGGGCCUGGUGACAGCAUGUAUGCUUUGAUGAAGCCCGAGUUCCCGAUGGGCGGUGGGCCCGACGGUGGCGGCGGCGGAGGAGGGCCUGGCGGCAUGGGUCCUAUGGGUGGUGGGCCCAAUUCGAUGGGGCCCGUACUUAACGGCGGAGGCGGACCAGACGGCACCGGCUUGGACGGCAUGAAGAACUCACCAGCUAACGGAGGACCAGGAACGCCGCGCGAAGAUUCCGGCAGUGGCAUGGGCGACUACAACCUAGGCGGAUUCGGCGGACCCGGCGAGAACGAUCAAACGGAAUCGGCGGCCAUUCUGAAGAUCAAGGAGAGUAUGCACGAGGAGGCCAAGCGGUUCGAGAAAGACACAGAUCAUCCGGACUAUUUCAUGCCAUAACAACAUCACCAGCAACAGCAGCAGCAGCAUCUCAGCACGGUAGCAGCCGCUGUGGCAGCUGUGGUGGCGGCUGCGGCCUCCAACGGAUCUGGCAGCUCCUCAGCCGCUUCCAUAGCGGCUGCUGCUCUGGGGGCGGCCGCCUCCAAUCUGCUCAGCAAUGGCAACAACAACUUCUGAAUGCGAAACAACACCACGCACGAGAAGCAACCACAGAUUAAACAAAAAAAAUAAAUAAAAAUAAAUAAGAACGCGGUAGUAGAAAUCCUUGAUACAUAAGCAUAAAGUAUUUAACAUUUAACGCAUGUAUGAAAAAAAUAGAGAAAAAGCGAAACAAAAACAAAAACAAAAGCCCUUAAAUAUAAUAGACAAGAAACAUGCAA